ACCGCGUCGUGUCAGCAACGGGAGCCUGGCAAGAUGAUGACGACGAGGCGUGUUGCUGUGGCAGUCCUGGUCCUGGUUCACCUGUGCGGCCCCACGCUGCAGUUUGACCACCCCGCAGCACGGGGAGAAGUCGUCCCCCGGCGGGAAGCCGCAAAGGAUCCGGUCUUGGUGGAGUCCCGAGAGCCCGAGGAGGCCUCCGACUCCUCCCCCGUGUUCGAAGACCACAUCAACCUCAGAUGGGUGACCUGGAACGGUUCCCUGCCCCGCGGGGCGGUGGCCAUCUUUAACGGCUACGCCGAGCGCACCGACUACGUGUGCAAGGUCAAGUGCCAGGCGGGCUUCUUCACGGCCUCCAAAGGCAGCUUCUGCCGCUACCCCUACGCCGACAAAGAGUACGCCUCGUCCGGGUUCGAGGUGCUGGUCAACGUGGACCACUUUGAGUUUCUGGAGUGGGUGGAGGACUCGUACGGGUCGGUGCCUCAGAACGCGGUGAGGACCUGCGUCCACGAGGACAUCUUCGUGGGCAAGAACAAGUACGGCCUGGGCAAGGUGGUGACCCAACACGAAGCCUUCUUCCUGCCCUGGGAGGGCGAGGAGUACUGGUACAAGAAGUACCAGGUCUUGACCAUCAACAGGGACGUCUACAGCCAGCACAUCUCCCACGUGGAGUACGCCGUGGACCGCAUGGAGCUCUUCCACCAUCCCCCGGAGACCCUCCAGAUGGCCAAGGUCACCAACUUGGAGUGCGGCAGCGUGGAGAAGACGGUGAAGCUGGAGAAGACCAGCGCCACCGAGAAGACCUGGGACAUCGGCAGGGAGACCCGCAACGGCUCCGUUUCCACCAUGAAGGCCAAGGUGCCCAUUCUGGGUCCAGGGACGGUGGACUUCACAAGGGAGCAGACGGUGACCUUCUCAGAGGGAACCAGCUUGGUGGAAGCCAUCAGCCACUCGGUCGGCGUGGAGAUCCUGGUCCCGCCCAACUUCUCCUGCAGCGUCAGGAUGGACGGCAGGAAGAUGAGCGCCGACAUUCCCUUCACGGCUCGGCUCAGCCGCACCAACCACGACGGGGACACGCGCUGGACGUCCAUCACGGGGACCUACGACGGCGUGAGCGUGGGCGAGAUCAACGCCGUGGUGGAGAGGUGUCAGCCCGUGUCUGGGACGCUGCCUUGCUCAAUGGCUGAGGAAUGAUCGUUGGUCCAAAUCCUUUGUUUCGCAAUA